AUGGAGCAAAGUCACAAACACUCUGAGAAUCACACGGGCGCACUUUAUGCCGCAGGCAACAACAGUAGAUGCACUGAUCUCUCGCAAACUAGAGCGGCAGUUGAGCACGCUUCGUUUGGGGUGCGUUCACGAUACCGUUUUGACAACGACCCAAGUCUAGACCAGAUCUUCUGCGCUUCUUUGCUUGAAACGAUGCCUGAGAUUGGGAUCUGCACCACUGACAAUGAUGCCCAUUGUGCGCAAUCAUCAAGUUGCAGCGGCGUCCUGCAUUCAUCGACUUUCCAGGAACACAUUGAGCUUCGCAUGGAUCAUCCGGAUGGCCUCUGUGAUCUCUGCGCCAUAUCCCCAAGCCGGGCGCCCCGUUUGGUUAUCCAUGCUGCACGCAUUGGGCAGCGAACAGGCAAUCUCGAUCCGUUCAGGUGUUCUGCACUAUCGCGUCCGGCGCUGUCACCAGAUGCGGAUGCAGUUGUAUUCGGGAUCACGGAACCAGAUUCGUCGAACAGCCAAGGCAAUCGCCUCAUUCAUGUGAGUUUACAGCCUGAUCCGAGCUCACAAUCCCUCCCGAUGGAUGCCGCAUCUGGCGGCGGCCAGCAGGGUUCCUGCGGACAAGGCGCCAAUGAGACAUACCAGUGGUGGGCCUGCGCCCUCAACAACCCCGUGCAGGAUUUGGUCUACGCACGAAGGAAUACCGUGCUGCUGGGGCUUUCCACAGGGCACGUAGCUGCCCUGCACACGACUGCGGAAAGCCUCGGGCUCGGUCCAGAUAUGCCGCCGCGGACGACACGCUUGCACAGGGAUGCCAUCCGUGAAAUAGUUCUUACAGACGGAAAUGACUGCAUGUUCACAAUCAGUCAUGAUGGUCAAGUACUCCUGACCUCGAUUGAGAGGCUGUUUGCCGAAGCAUCUGGCGCGCCACUGGCAAGCGCAGACACCGUCUCUAAUGGUGCCGAGAUCGGUCGCGUAUCUAUUGGUCGCCCAACGAGCAGUGUCCGCCCGACGUGUACGAAUAGCUCAUCCAAGGAGACAUGCACGGUAACAACCGAUGACGGUGCGCUCUACCUGGUUGACAUGCGCAUGCCAACUUGGCAGGCGGCAAUCUGCGUACUAGAGACGAAACGGGACGGCCUCUUUGCUCAUGAUCAUGAAGCAGGUGACGCACCAGUUGUUUUGCUCGGCUAUGCGGACGGUCUCUUGUCCAUACUGGAUUUCCGAACGUUCCGGGAAAUUGGACGUUAUAGAGAGAGCCCAUUCGCUUCCGUAGGCGAUAUUCGUUCGGUUGGACCUCAUCAAUUCAUCUCUUUUGGAAGUCCGACUGCGGUUAUGUGGAGCUAUGAUGAGAAGACGGCAACACUCGCCCCUGACUGGCACAUGCAUCCUUUCCGAUGUGAACACCAGUCGGAGCCGUCUCCGGAUGCAUUUAUACCGGGCUCCCCCACGCUUGCCAAAGGAGAUCUUCACCUUGCACUCAGCAUGAUCGCCCUCACAGAUACGAGAGGAUACUUAUCGCUGCUUAGUGUGUGA